AUGAACAAACAAGACGACUUUGAACUUGCUCCUAUUGACCCCGAGAUUGAACGUACUUUCAGAAAAAGGAGAAAGGCUCAAAAGGCUAAAAGCCGAGGCACUAUGGCUGAACAUGUUGAUGACGAAGGGGAUGCCCAAAAUGUAAUUAAUCCUAUUGUUUUGGCGGAUGAUAGAGCCAGAGCAAUACGGGAAUACGCUGCCCCCAUGUUUAAUGAGCUCAAUCCAGGCAUUGUGAGGCCCGAAAUACAAGCACCUCAGUUUGAGCUCAAGCCGGUUAUGUUUCAAAUGCUCCAAACCAUGGGGCAGUUUAGUGGGAUGCCAACGGAAGAUCCUCAUCUCCACCUUCGUUCAUUUUUGGAGGUGAGCGAUUCUUUUAAGCUUCAAGGAGUAAGUGAAGAGGCGUUAAGGCUGAAGUUAUUCCCGUUCUCUUUAAGGGAUCGAGCUAGAUCAUGGCUCAACACCCUUCCUCCCGAUUCCGUUACAAAUUGGAAUGACUUGGCUGAGAAAUUUCUAAGAAAAUACUUCCCUCCCACCAGAAAUGCAAAGUUCAGAAGCGAAAUUAUGCCUUUUCAGCAGCUUGAAGACGAGUCCACUAGUGAUGCGUGGGAAAGAUUUAAAGAGCUUUUGAGAAAAUGUCCACACCACGACAUACCACAUUGUAUACAAAUGGAGACGUUCUACAAUGGUCUCAAUGCAACCUUUUGGAUGGUAUUAGACGCCUCAGCCAAUGGUGCCAUUCUUUCCAAAGCUCCUACAAGUAGAAAGGUGGCGGGAGUUCUUGAAGUAGAUGCCUUAACGGCUUUAACAGCUCAAAUGGCCUCAAUGACCAACAUUUUAAAGAAUAUGAGUUUGAGAGGAAACAUUCAGCCAGCUGCUGCCAUUCAAAGUGGAGACAUCUCAUGUGUUUAUUGUGGAGAUGGGCACACGUUUGAGAACUGUCCUUCAAAUCCAGCUGCGGUUUGUUAUGUGGGUAACCAUAAUUUAAACCGCAACAACAACCCAUACUCAAAUUCUUAUAACCCAGCGUGGAGGCAGCAUCCGAAUCUGUCAUGGGGGGGUCAAGGAGCAAGUUCAAGUGGAGCGCCAGCACAAGGGAAACAGUCAUUUCCGCCAGGUUUUUCUCAACAGCCAAGGGCUCAGCAACCUCACCAAUCUCAAGGCUCUCAAUCUAGUUCUUUGGAGAGUUUAAUGAGGGAUUAUAUGGCAAAGAAUGAUGCUGUGAUUCAGAGCCAAGCAGCGUCUCUUCGUAAUCUGGAAAUUCAGUUUGGGCAACUGGCUAAUGAUCUGAAAAAUAGGCCACAAGGUUCUUUGCCUAGUGACACUGAGAAUCCGAGGAGGGAUGGUAAAGAACAUUGCAAAACAAUUAAUUUACGAAGUGGGAAAAUUCUGGAAAAUGAUGAUGAGAAAACAAAAGGCAGCAGGGAGCCCACUUCAAUCCAAAUUGAAGGGGAAACGAGUAAAAAAUCAGCAAGUUCAGCUGUUGAAAUUGGCCCAGUUGAUACAGCAUAG